CGAUCAAUAAAUCAAAACCUGCCGGUAUUUAGUCUCAAUCGCAUUGUGAGUUAUCAAUACAAAUUAGUUCUUAUAAUGAGUCACUUACUGGCGCAGCAUUAAAACCAAUUCCCGGCUCAAUAAACACUUAUAUACUUUACAAGAGUUUGUCAUAAGGCCAAUACACGUGCUUCAAUCAGAGAAUUGAGUCACUAAAACAGCAAAUCUUCAUAAAUCAUAUCUACUCACAGUUCACCGACUGGAUUAGUUGCACUUUUCUACGUCUGAACAGCUUUUGAACUUCCGCAUUCGAAUUGAAAGUUCAAUUGAUAUGUUCAAUUCACGUAGCUUUUUGCAUGCAUGCAUGCAUGAAAUUCGUGAAACGAAGCACCAGUGGCUAAUGCUGUGGAUUGUUAAUGUUUUAUGAGAUCCGUCGAGUGGAUUUUAAAGGAAAAUGUCGUCUUGGUGGGGACAACGCUCACAGGCUAUGAGAAUACCAGAGAGGAGGAGACGGUCAUACAUUUAUGAUGAUUUCUUUGGAUCGGAGAAUCGCGGGGAGUCAGCGGCGGGGUCAGGCAUCUUCUACCCCAUAUCAUCGGGGUCGCACAGCGUUGGAAACCCGCAGGCGGCGCAGGCUCAGACACAGGAGAGCCCGCGGCCGAAUCACCAUCAUCCCUUCCACUUUCAUCACCAUCCUCAUCAUCACUCGAGAGAUAAAGAUCAUAUUGGACACAAUCCCCACCCUGGUGGUGAAAUCAUGUUAAAACCAAACUCUUUAAAAAUCGGCCCACGGAUUGAGGUUACAGAUUCAACAGACUCAUUGGAUAGAGAAGUAGAAUGUCUCAGCUCUCGGUAAGUCAAUUAUAUCAAUUAUUUAGAAAAUAUAUAUUUUAAAUUUUAUACAUCAAACAUCAAUUAAAUAAAGCAUGUAUUCUUAAAAGUUUGUGUUUGUAUGAUCUAUUGAUGUCAGAUAUACUGUAUACUGUACAUGCAUACAACAAAAUAUCUUUUGUAUACAAAAGGCAGUUAGAAAGAAAAAAA